AUGCUCGACAUUUUGUUCAACCACUGCGAGUUUGAGGACGAUGAAGGCAUGUUCGAGGUGAACAGUUACCUUGGUGAUGGAAUGGUCGGCGUUGUCGAAGAAGUGACAAUACGAUCCUGUGAACCGCCCAUAGUGUGUGCAGGAAAAAAGAUCGUAAGGCCAAAACCGCUCAAACUGCACCAAAGUAUCAUGACUGCUUUCGUUCGAGAGGUCAGAGUCAUAAGUCAGGUCGACCAUCGCCGUUGCGUUCGCUUUCUUGGGAGCUAUACCGACAGCGAGUCGGUCAACAUUUUGUCGACGCCUGUGGCCGAUAUGGAUAUGGCUGCCUUUUUGGACAAGCCUAUUGGUGACAGGGUAUAG